AUGAUUCGCAGAGAAGUGAUUUCCUGCUUUGGGCUAGAGGAGCGGGAGGGAGGAGGAGGUCGCGAAGAAGUGCCUGGAGAUGAGAAGAUUGAAAAGCAGCUGGUCGGAGUUGGUGAUGAGGAAGGUUUGAAGAAGAUGAUAGACUCAGAAGAGGAGUCAGACAGUGACGAAGAAGAUCUCACCAAGAAACUAUUAAAUAACGAUGGUGAACGAAAGAAAGAACUACUGGAUAUUGAAGAGAGGGGUGAGCUUCGAUAA